UAGUGUGAUUUAAAACAGUAUUUGAAGAAUAUAAACCAGACAUGAACAACGUAACUUGCGCAAAUACCACAUUUGACAAAUUAGUUACAGAAGAUAUAGUGUUGAUUAUAUUUUUGUCGUGUUUUCCUUGUAUAACUAUUGCGGGAAAUAUUUUAGUUAUAUUUACUGUACUAAAACGCCAUAAAUUUAGACAAAAGGCCAAUGUCUUCGUCGUUUCAUUGGCAGUAACAGACAUAGCUGUUGCGAUCUUUGUGAUGUCAUUUUCAAUUCUACAACAGUUCGGAAAUAUGUCUUGGCUUACCUUAAGAUCGGUGUGCUUGUUGUCGUUUAGUUUAGAUGUCAUGUUUACAAGUACAUCUAUUCUCCAUCUUAUGUGUAUGACCGUUGAUAGAUACAUAGCUAUUUGUUUACCAUUUAGAUAUCAUAAUUUAAUGUGUAAUCGUUCUGUGACAGCUUUACUCAUCAUAUGUUGGAUACUUCCAGUUGUUAUUUCAUUUGGUUUGAUCUUCGGAGAAGUGCAUAAUAUUGGAAUACAAACAAUAACAAAAUGUCCGAACACAUGUAUGUUUUUGGUCAAUAUUUACUAUGCUGUUAUAUGCAGUACUGCAGUUUUUUAUAUACCGUCUGUUUUUAUGUUAGUUUGCAAUCUGAAGAUUUUGCGUAAUGUUCGAAAAAAUCGAAGGAAUUUGUGCAAACUUAGUAAAUGUAUUUUACAACAAAACGAAAUAUUGAUGAAGAGAGAAGUUAAAGUGGCUCGAACCAUUGCAACUAUGUUAAGUUGCUUCUUUCUUUGUUGGCUGCCAUUCUUCGUAUUGAACAUAGUAGACCCAUUGAUUAAUUAUAAAGCAGGAGAAACUACCGUACUAGUGAUAACGUGGCUUGGAUAUAUGAAUUCAACUAUUAAUCCUUACUUAUAUUAUUUUUUGAACAGACCACCAUGUAAAAACGCUUGCAACAUAAAACUAUGUUGCUUGGGAUCAUUGUGUAAAAGAAAGCGAAAUGUAUAUGUAAUGCAACAUUUGAAUAUACAAUCCUUAACACAUGGGUUUUAGAUUUGGAACCUUCAUUUUAUGGAAAAUUAGUGUUAAUGCUAAGUAGGUAAGUGUGUAUGAAGCAUGAACGAGAGUUGUGCUGAACAUUUUAGAACAAAUCUUUAUAAAAACUAUUAAUACUUUCAUUCAGUGUUUUUUUUUUACAUAGA